AUGGAAGAAAAAUCUCUGGGUGGCAGCAAGUAUCUGCUGCUGAUCGUGGAUGAAGCCAGCGGAUGCAUGAAGGGUUUUUGUCUGCAUUCCAAGUCAGAGAGCGAAGAGUGCAUCAAGAAGUACAUCACGAUGAUACAGACGCAGUUCAACAAGAAGGUCAAAUUUGUGCGACACGAUGGAGCCCGCGAGUUUGCGACGAACUCGCUUCAAGAUUUCUACGAAGUCGAAGGCAUCGAGCAACAAACCACGGUGCCAUACGCACAUCAAGCCAAUGGAACUGCUGAACGCGCGAUUCGGACGAUUGUCACGAUUGGUCGUAGCAUGCUACAUCAUGCCAAGCUGAACAAGUGUUUCUGGGGUGAAGCGGCAAUGACGGCCGUCUAUGUGAAGAACCGUUUGCCGUCACCCAAGAUUCCACACAAGACACCGUUCGAGAUUGUCUACAAUUCUAAGCCAAGUGUCAAGCACAUGCGCGUUUUUGGGUGCCAAGCAUACAUCUUGACCCCGAAGGAGAAACGACUCAAGUGGGAUCCCAAGGCCCGGGCUGGAUUGUUUUUGGGCUACGAAGAAGUGUCCAAGGCGUAUCGAGUUUAUGACAUCGAAGCGGGGCAGGUGAUGAUAAGUCGCGAUGUCAACUUCGAUGAGUCGGCCUUUGGAAUGUCGAUGCUGAUUUCCGAUGACGAUGUUGAUGGCCUGGACUUCGAAUCGAUCGAUCUUGAUGAUGAAGAACCUGAUGAACUUUAG